AUGACAAGACUCACUGAUGAUGCCGACUAUAAUGCUGGAGAAACGUCUGAGAAUAUUCUGCCUGGUGAAAAAGUGCCGGUUGACGCUCGCAUUGUAGUUGGAAAUUCAACAUGCGAUGAGUCCCUUAUAACCGGCGAAUCAAUGCCAGUUGAGAAGACUGUCGGCUCUGAUGUGAUUGGGGGAUCAAUCAACCUCACUGGUCUCCUCUUGGCUCGCGCAACGCACGUUGGCAAUGACUCAGCACUUUCCCAGAUCGUUAAACUUGUCGAGGAUGCGCAAACUUCUAAGAUUAAUAUACUUUUAUUUGCUCCUCAAUAA